AUGGAUGGCAAUUCAACCAUUAAUGGUACCCAUAUUCCAGCAAUGUGGGUGGAGAGAUCAGCACAUGAUUCUAAGGUGUUGAGUGAUACUUUGACAAGGAGAAAUGGACUUAAAGUGCCACAAGGUAUCCAUUAUCAUCUUCAAGAUUUUGCUGGUCAAGAUCGUGACCCUGAAAAUACAGAAGAGUUGUUUAAUCUUCGUCAUGCUUCCUUGGGGAACGUAGUUGAGAGGAUAUUUGGUAUAUUUAAAUCAAGAUUUAUAAUUUUCAAAAUAGCUCCUCCAUUUACAUAUCGUACACAAGCAGGGGAACUCAUAUUAGCUUGUGUAGGAUUACACAAUUUUCUUCUUAAAGAGUGUCAUUCUGAUGAAUUUCCAAUUGAAUCUAAUAACGAAGAUUCUUCAUAUUCUUCAAUUAAUAAGAGAAAAGACUUUGGACCAUUUUUUGAGGAUCAAAAACAAAAAAGAGAGAAUGCUAAUGCAUAG